AUGGGUUCCCUCGGUCCAGACGCCAAGAAGCCGUGGAUCCAAACACCAUGCAUCGCAUCAGCUACUCUGUCUCGCGCAGCAGGAUGGCUCCUUCAAGUCCCGCGGCGUAGGCAACCUCAUGGUCCGCGCCGCCGCCGACGCGCCCGCCGACCAAGAAUCCCACUUCUACUGCUCCUCGGGCGGCAACGCCGGCCUCGCCUGCGCGACCUCGCCUGCGCGACCUCGGCCAUCGCCCUCAACCGCAACGCCACCAUCGUCGUGCCCAUGACCACCUCCCCGCUCAUGAUCUCCAAGCUGCGCCUCCUCGGCGCCGACGUCCGCCAGAUCGGCGCAAACUGGGCCGAGGCGGACGCCCACCUCCGCGAGGUGAUGCUCGCCAACGACCCGGCGGGCGUGUACGUGCCCCCCUUUGACCAUCCGCACGUCUGGGACGGCGCGGCCACUAUUGCCGAUGAGCUCGUCGCGGAGUUGGCAUCAUCGUCGCCGGGGAACGAGGUCGAAGUCAACGGGAUUGUGUGCUCCGUCGGCGGCGGCGGGUUACUAGCCGGUCUCGCGCAGGGCGUCGCGCAGAACCAGUGGCCAGGGAAGGAACCGCGGCUGAUGGCCGUGGAGACGGUUGGCGCGGACAGCCUCAACGCCAGCGUGCUCGCCGGUGAGCACGUCACGCUGCCAGGGAUCAAGUCCAUUGCGGGAUCGCUGGGUGCGGUGCGCGUUGCGGCGAGGGCGUGGGAGGUGGCGAGGGAUACGCCCGGGUUCCAGAGCGUGACGGUCACGGAUGCCGAGGCGGCGCUGGCGUGUGUGCGCUUUGUGGAUGACGCGCAGCUGGUGGUUGAGGUUGCUUGUGGUGCGACAGUUGCGACGGCGUACAACGGUGCGCUUAGGAAGCAUUUCGGUGCGGGCAUGUCGGACGAGGAGUGGGCGAAGCAGAACAUUGUGCUUAUUGUGUGUGGCGGUUCGAAUGUGACUAUGGAGAUGUUGAACGAAUACCGUUCAAAAUAUGGCAAUGCUUCAUGA